GUUAACAAACGCGCGGACCUUUAGAGUGUUAACAUCUCAGCGCGCGUUCAUAUCGACGCGAAAUAAGUUUAAGAGAAAUUGCAUUUGACUUUGAAAAAAAACGUUUAUUAUGAUCGGAAUAGCGAUUACAACUUUGCUGUUGCUUCCGGGAAUUUUUGCAACGGUUUGUAAAGAUGAACCAAACGGGAUUUGGCUAGCCGACGCGGCGUACAGCUGUAAAUAUCUGUACCAAUUUUAUCCCGAGGACGAAUACCUUGGUAUAUACGCCGCCCGGGUUAGAUUAUGUAGGCAACCACUCACGAGGUGUUGUGAAGCGUGCACGAAACUUGGCGCAUAUAAUACGACUGCACAGGUAUCUGAGAUUGCACAACCACUUACAGCAGCAACCCCAUGUACGGACCAGCCCGAAGGUGUAUGGACCGGAGUCGGGUCACGUGACUGCAAGUACCUGACGCGCUACUAUCCAGAGGACCGGAUAUGGGGAGUCUACGCCGCGAAGGAGACCCUGUGCGCCGACCGCCAAACGCGGUGUUGCGCCUCCUGCAAAAGAAUAAGCGAAGGAGAGAGCUUCCCUACCAUUCCCACUGCAGCUACACCGAAAGCCACUGAACAUGCGCCUCAGACUUACACAAGGGAGGAGCCAUCUUUUCAAGAUAAAUGCACAGACCAAUGUCUCAGCGGCGUAGGCGGCACUGUUCCCGGAAGUACGUGUGCCUGGUUACUAGACCGGAAGCGACUCACAAUGAAGAGCGCCACUAAUUUCUGUAACAACGGAUUUGCCCGAGGGUGCGCGCGCAGCUGCAAUGAACUCAAAAAAAUGGCUGUUGAUGUCCCCUCAUCUGCCCAAUAUGUCCAGAAAGGGGCGUGCACAGAUCUGCCCGAGGGUGUGUGGAUUGCUGACGGGUCACGUGACUGCAAGUACCUGACGCGCCUUUACCCAGAGGACCGGAUAUGGGGCGUCUACGCCGCCAGGGAACGCCUGUGUGCCGAUCCCAGCACGCGUUGUUGCGCUUCCUGCAAGGUGGUCAAAGCGGAAUUUGGUGGUGUUGCGGAACAGGAAGUAGCUGUGCCUGACGUUGUCAUAGUACCGCUCAGCGCAACGUCAACCAGCAAGAACACAGAUUGCAAAGACAGCUUCGUGACCUACGGAAAGUUGACAGUGACCUGCAGCGAAUUACGACGUGUUGAGUCUGACCUUUAUUCUAGUAGAAAACAACUGUGCGCCACCCAGCGCGAGAAAUGUUGCAUCACUUGUAAACAUAUAAAUGCAGAGAAACCUUACACAAUCGCCAAGAACGGCGAGAACGAGGUCUUUCAACUCGAGGUUUCUCAAGCAGGAAACGCAUUUCGCCUGACCGGAAAUGACGUCAGCAUUAACGUACCAGUUAGUGCUAAAACCCUACAAGAAUCCCCUGUCGUUGUCAUGCAAAGAACCCUCGGCGAGUUCAUACGAAGACAAAACCAAGACAGAGAAAAGCUGCUUUCAUUGUUCAAAUCCUUAUCAAACCUUGUUCCAACGAACAAGAAAAUCAAGAAUUGAGUAUACCCAGUUUUAAGGUUCAUUUUAAAGAUGAACAAAACAUCUACCUAAUGGAUUGACAGUUGUCUACAAUAAACGAGAGAUACAUGUGUCUUUUAAUUUGUAUAUAGCUAUGCCAUUAUCUUUUGACCCCCAACAAGAAACAAUCGUUUCUCAACGAAAUGAAAACCCUCAUCGACAUACACAAAUUUAUAGUUUGUCCCUUUCUUACUUACGUUAAAGUACUAUUAGAGAGUUUUUUUGCAAAAUCAGUUCAUAAAAGUAAGUGCAUAACGACACUCGUUGAAUUUUUAUAAUGAUGUUAAAAACAAAGAGUAUAUUAGGUAUAUCAAAAUACCAUAUACCUGCUUGUAAAACAUGUCCGCAUCGGAUUUACGUUGGAACUGACAGUGGCCGUUUGAAGCCGUCUACUUGAUCGGCAUGUUAUUGACAGCACUUUUCUUGAACGCUGACAGGACAAGAAAAUGCGUAUAGGCCUUCGCGAUGUGUACAAAUAUAGAUUGUAUGUAGAUAUUGUGUAAUCAUUUGUUGUUAUAUACAUAGAUAUGUAUGUACAUUUAAUUAUAUGUAUGGUGACAAUAAGACUACACAGCAUUUCCAAAGAACAAUAUAUAUGGGCCGUGCUCUGUAAAAAGAGGUUUUAAUUCAUGUGCGUAAAGCAGUCCGCACAGGCCACUCAGGGACGACACUUUCCGCUUUUGUGAUAUUUGUCGUUUUAAGAUAGUCUCUUCUUUAAGUUAGCAAAAAUCAAGUUAAGAAGGAAAGUGCCGUCCCUGAUUAGCUAGUGCACACUGCACAGGCUAAUCUGGGACGACACCUUACGCACAUGUAAUAAACCCCCUUUUCACAGAGCACGGACCAUUUAUAUUGUUCUUUGGAAAUGCUGUGUAGUCUUAUUGUCACCAUACAUAUAAUUAAAUGUACAUACAGUCCAAUCAUCCAAUUAUUGUAUUCCCAUUGCAUAAUUUGUUAUUGUCCUACGUAAUCCCAAGUCACGUAAUAAAGUAUCAUUAGUAACAUAAAAGGUUAUUCAAUAUUAAAAAUAUACUCUUCUUUAAAAUCGUUUGAAUAAAAUAAGUUCUUGUUCAAAAGUACACGUUUGGCCCCUUUUAUAAAUUCCUUUUUUUAUUUCUUCAACAGAGUUUCACAUUUCAGUUUAUUUUCGAGUCAGCUAAUCUGAUAUUGAUGUAAAAAUUAAGUAUCGGGCUUUGCUUUUGCCACCUACCCAAAUAAAUUGCCAAAGUGA